CUUUUUGAAAAAGACAUCCCCUUUGUCAAGUCAACUUUAAUGAAACAGUUAUCUUUGGCUAACAAAUUGCUACCUUAGUGUAUGUUUGGGUGAUAAUUAGCAUUUGGUGGUGAUGGCUCAUGGGCAUUCUCUAUUGACUCGCAGCCCUGUAGAUCUCAAUCUCCUCGGUUUGUGCUGACGGAGGUUCAUGUGGCGCCUCCUUAAGUUUAUGGGAUCUCAAUUUGUUCUUGCUGCCAUCAUCAUAAUCUCAUACUUUGGGAUUAACAUUAGCAUGGAAUGUUAGCCAGGCAGGUAGUGGAGGGCCCUCGUUUUCCUCGGACUUUGUGGACUUUCUCUGGAAAGAAAGUCUGAGCGAAAUUUUUUUUGACAGCCAAACGUUUCCCAGUUCUACUAUUGUUUUUUUUACACGGAAUUGUGGGUACAAACUCAAGGUGAAGAUGUUGAACCAGGGGACUGUUAUGAUCUUUACAGGGAUCUGUGGGGCGUUAGUGGUCAUGGCAGUGGCCUACUAUGCCUACUGGUCUGUGGUGUUGAGUGACGGGCCGUGUAAAGAGGACUGUAAGGAGGAAGAACCCCUUGUGGUGUGCGUGUAUGUGUGUGUGAGGCAAAGGCUUGUCCGUCAUGGGUGUGUUGGCCUGGCUGAAGAGCCAGUUCAUCUUGCAGCUCCUCAUCGGCUUCGUAUUCGUGGUCAGCGGCCUCAUUAUUAACUUCAUUCAGCUGUGUACCUGCGUGCUUUGGCCAAUCAACAAACAGCUCUACCGCAAGAUCAACACUCGCAUGUCCUAUUCGCUAUGGAGUCAGUUGGUGAUGCUUUUGGAGUGGUGGUCAGGAACGGAAUGCACACUCUAUACUGACCAAGCUACAGUGGAUAUGUUUGGAAAAGAGCACGUCAUCAUCAUCCUCAACCACAACUACGAAAUCGAUUUCCUGUGCGGCUGGACCAUGUGUGAGAGAUACGGUGUGCUAGGGAGUUCCAAGGUGCUGGCGAAACAGGAGCUGCUGAAAGUUCCCUUGAUUGGCUGGACCUGGUACUUCCUGGAGAUUGUUUUCUGCAAAAGAAAGUGGGAGGAGGACAAGGAGGCGGUAUAGGGGCUCAACCAGCUCAAGGAUUAUCCUGAGUACAUGUGGUUCCUGCUGUACUGUGAGGGAACACGAUUUACAGAGCAAAAACACCAGAUCAGCAUGCAGGUGGCUGAGAGUAAAGGUCUCCCCAAACUCAAAUACCACCUACUACCACGCACCAAAGGCUUCACCACCACACUGCAAUGCCUGAAGGGAACAGUCAAAGCCAUAUAUGACGUCACACUGAAUUUCAAAGACAAGGAGAACCCCACGCUGCUGGGCAUCAUCAACGGCAAAAAAUACAGAGCAGACAUGAGAAUCCGGCGUUUCCCAGUUGAGGAGAUCCCUGAUGAUGAAAAAGAGUGUGCUAACUGGCUUCACAAGCUCUAUCAGGAGAAGGAUGAAUUGCAAGAGUACUAUUUCAAGGAGGGAUGUUUUCCCGGACCAACUAUUAAGCCCAAACGGCGGUUAUGGACGCUGCUGAACUUUCUUUUCUGGGCGACACUGCUGCUCUCUCCACUCAUUAACUUCGCCUGGGACGUCUUUGUCAGUGGCUCACCGCUUCUCAUCAUCAGCUUCAUGAUCUUCCUCAUUAUUGCCUCUGUAGCUGUGCGGCGUCUCAUCGGCGUGACCGAGGUGAAGAAAACCGGCUCCAGCUAUGGAAAUGUUGAAUCCAAGAAAGAAAACUAGAACUUUCAGCUGGUCUGACUGCCCACGGCCACUGUUUCGCUCACUUUCACUGCUAGGGCAUGAAAUUGCCCGCCUGUGCAGUCGUCCUCCUUUUUAACAAAGAAAAAAAAACCAUCCAAGUGGGAGGGGAAAAAAAAUAAUAAAAAUGCCAACAUGGCAUUAAAGCAUGUGAGGGGUGGGUUGGGGAAUGUAGAUAAUUAUAAGUUUAUAAACUAGAGUAAUAAUUAUUAAUUAUGAUCAUUAAAAGAGCAAAGUGUGAAGCAUUUGAGAUUAUCAUUUCCCUCGGCAGCCUGGACCGAGGUUGGCUGAGAGGUGGGCGUGGCAUCUCUGUCCUCUUCUGCUUACAGUAGCUUAUUCUCUCACUAGUUCAGGACCAGUUUCCUUCAAGGUUUCUACAGAGCCAUGUAAUGUGGAAUGUUUCCUUUUCCACCCCAUAGCUUGGUACUGCCCACUUCUGAUCUGUAACUAUUAUAUUAUCCUUGUGCAAGGCUCUGCAGCUCUUACUCUGUCCAGCUUUUAUAACUCAAGCUGUGAAAUGAUAUGACAUGAUCUAGUCUAUGUUUUGGGCAAAAGCGUAACUCAAAUAUUUCUUACUAAAACCUGAAA